AUGGGAGACGAAACGAAGAACCAGGACUGGGUGCAGGAUAAUUUGCAGCGUCAGCGCAAGCUCCUCGAAGAAAAACAGCGGCAAAAACGGCUGGCAUCCUCUGGAAUUCGAACUAGCAAUCUCCCGAGUUCGAUUGCUCGGCCCGUUACGGCUUCUAUGAG